UUCUCUGAGCUGCUACACUGUGGCUUGACCGGAAACUUAGCUGACAUUCACUUUAUAAGGACCUGUGGAGGAGCUCCAGAGUCAACUGCUGCUGAUUACAUUAUGUAUCCGAUUAGUGGGGCCAUACUGUGCCUCACUGUUUUGGGGGCUUUAAAGUUGCUGUCUCUCCCCUUGUUCUGGGGACUCCCGGUGGGGCUGGUGCUCUGUAUGGCCUCGAGGGGUUCCUGUAAGUUCAUUCUUGUGGCUCUACGCACCAUCAAAAGAGACUUAAUGUGUCUAGUUGUCAUACUCAGAGUGAGGUUUUCCAUGAAGAGUAAUCUGCGAAAAAGAAGCACUAUCCCUUCCCUGUUUGGCCAGAUAGUGACACGGCACCCCGACAAACCGGCCUUGAUCUAUGAGGCCACAGGAGAGGUUUGGAGUUUCAGGGAACUACAGGAGCGAUGCCAUGCUGUGGCACACUGGGGGCUGGCACAAGGCUGGGCUGAGGGUGAUGUGGUGGCCUUGUACAUGGAGAGCCAGCCUCUAGUGGUUGCUCUGUGGCUGGGUCUCGCUACAGUUGGCGUGGAGGCCGCACUCAUCAACUACAACCUUCGACAGCGCUCGCUGCUGCACUGCAUCAGUGUGUCUGGUGCUCGGGCAAUGGUGUUUGGGACAGAGCUGACGGAAGCUGUGUCAGAGGUCAGCAGCUCUCUGCAGCCCAGCAUGGUUUUGUUCAGCAGUGGUGAGCAGCAGCAGCAGCAGCAGCAGCAGGAGGAAGAGGAGGUGAAGCUUCACAGCCUCAGUGUCCAGAACCUUGAUGCCCUGCUGGCCUGUUCACCCAAACACCCACCAAACUUCACGCUCAGGAAGGAAUUUAACGACAGACUCUUUUACAUCUACACGUCUGGUACAACAGGAAUGCCAAAGGCAGCUGUGGUGGUGCACAGUCGGUAUUUUCGCAUCGCUGCCUUUGGUUUCCACUCCUUUGGCCUGCGACAUGAUGACAUCAUAUACAACUGCCUCCCACUGUAUCAUUCUGCAGGAACCAUCAUGGGUGUAGGACAGUGUUUGCUCUUUGGUUUGACCAUUGUAAUCAGGAGGAAGUUCUCAGCCACUCGCUUCUGGGAUGACUGUUUUAAAUACAAGUGCACUGUGAUCCAGUACAUAGGUGAGAUCUGCCGGUACCUGUUGGCUCAGCCGGUCCGGCCAUCUGAGGCACAUCAUCAAGUCCGUGUUGCCUUUGGUAACGGCCUCCGUCCCUCUGUGUGGGAAGAGUUUGUCCAGAGAUUCAGAAUUCAAAGAGUUGGGGAAUUUUAUGGGGCCACAGAGUGCAACUGCAGCCUGAUCAACAUAGAUGGAAAGGUGGGGUCAUGUGGUUUCAACAGCCGCAUCCUGCCCGACUUCUACCCCAUCAGACUGGUCAGGAUGCAGGAGGACGGGAAGCUGCUCAGGGAUUCACAGGGACUCUGUGUACCUUGUCCUCCUGGUGAGCCAGGAAUGUUAAUGGGACAUAUCAACCACACUGAUCCGCUCAGGAGAUUCGAUGGUUACGCUGAUCAGGAUUCCACCAAUCAGAAAAUAGCUCAAGAUGUCUUCAAGAUCGGAGACACUGCUUAUGUCUCAGGUGAUGUGCUGGUGAUGGAUGAAUAUGGCUACAUGUAUUUCAGAGACCGCAGUGGCGACACGUUUCGAUGGCGAGGAGAGAACGUGUCCACCACAGAGGUGGAGGGGGUCCUCAGUGGCCUGCUGGGACACUCUGAUGUCGCUGUCUAUGGAAUUUCUGUACCAGGUGUGGAGGGAAAGGCUGGCAUGGCAGCCAUUGCUCAUGCAGGAGGCCCGUUUGACAUUGAAGCAUUAGGGAUCGCUUUACAAGAAGCUCUGCCAUCCUACGCACGACCUGUUUUCCUUCGGCUCAUGCCAUCUGUUGACACAACAGGUACUUUCAAAAUUCAGAAGAUGCGGCUACAGAGAGAAGGAUACAGGCCACAAGAGUCGAGUGAAGACAUAUAUUUUUUGAACAGUCGGGCCGGGAGUUACGAGCCUGUUACAGAUGAACUGUACCGUGCCAUCAAUGAGGGAGAGGUGCGUCUAUGAGGCAGGAGGAUGGAUAGAUAGACUGUUGAAGAGGAUAGUAUGAACUAACAUAAGAAGACCAGAAGAGCUGCAUCAUUGCCUGAAGUGGCCCACAUGGAAAGCGGAAAGGUCUGUUGUUGCAAAUCUGAGAAUAGUCCUUUUUCUGGACCCUAAAUUAAAUCUAUAAUACAUGAAAUGUCAGUUUGAGAUACACAAAUGUUCUGGGGCACUGAUGAUUGAAUGGUUGUUUGUAUACAUACAUAAAUGAACCAACCGUAAUGCACUGUAUUAUACUAUGUGUUCAUGUAAUUCCAUUUUCUGUAAAAUACAUUUAAUAAAACAUA